AUGCAGAUGCUAAAACGUAAAAUUUGGUUUAAUGUACACAAAGCUUGGUUUCAAACUAAAGCGAUCCAAAAGGGUCAACAACAAUAUACUAAUAAAGUGACACCUAAUGUAAACUUGGGGCAGGCGUUGCAUGAAAACAGACCUUAUUGGAUUAAGCCUGGCGAGUUAACACCAGGGAUAACUGCAUUAGAAUAUUUUGAAAGAAGAGUUAAGUUAGCAUCAAAGUUACCAAAAAAAAGUUGUUUAAUUUUGCCAAGUUCUCAAGUUAAAUAUGCUACAGGGCCAGUGUUUUACCCCUUUCAACAAAAUACAGAUUUAUAUUAUUUGACAGGCUGGAAUGAACCUGAUUCGGUUAUGAUUUUAGAGAAGCCAAACGAUAAUUUAGAUGAUGUUUUAUUCCACAUGUUAGUGCCUCCAAAAGAUGCGUUUGCGGAAAAGUGGGAAGGUUUUAGGACCGGCGUGGAAGGUAUUAAGGAAUUUUUUAAUGCUGAUGAAUCCGAUGAUAUUAAUAACUUAGUUAGUUAUACAUCUAAAAUUUUAAAAAGAAAUGAACAUCUUUAUUUUGAUAUACCUCAUGAGAAGAACAAUUCAACUCAAUUUUUUGGUACAUUUUUUGGGCAGUCACAAGAAUCAAAAUUUGCAAUUACUAUUAAUGACUUAUUAAAACGAGAUUUUUCAUCUAAAAAAAUCAGAAAGGCCAAGCCUCUAAUAGCUGAGCAAAGAAGAAUUAAAUCACCGGCUGAACUUACAGUUAUGAGAACGGCGGGUCAAAUUAGCGGCAGGAGCUAUAAUCAAGCUUAUGCUGAAAAAUUCCGUAACGAACGAACAUUACAUUCAUUUUUGGAGUAUAAAUUUAUCAGUGGAGGCUGCGAUAAGUCCGCGUAUGUUCCUGUAGUGGCAUCUGGUUCUAAUGCUCUGUGUAUUCAUUACACUAAGAACAAUGACGUUAUGUUUGACGAUGAAAUGGUUUUGGUUGAUGCCUCAGGUGCACUUGGAGGAUAUUGUUCUGAUAUAUCAAGAAGCUGGCCCGUAAAUGGUGAAUUUAGUGGUCCUCAAAGGGACUUGUAUGAAGCUGUGUUAAAUGUUCAAAGAAAAUGUAUUACUCUUUGUAAGGCUAAUUUGGGGUAUUCUAUUCAGGACAUACAUGAUCAAAGUGUUAAUUAUAUGGUUGAAGAGUUAAAGAAUGUUGGUAUUGAUAAUUCAAGAAGUCAAGUUACAUCGCUAUAUAAUCAUUUAAUUGGACAUAAUUUGGGCUUAGAUGUACAUGAUGUUCCUGAAUGCUCUAUAUAUAAGCCUAUUGAGCCUGGUCAAGUAAUUACUAUUGAACCUGGUAUUUAUGUUCCACAGGAUGAUAGAUAUCCGAAAUGGUUUCAAAAUAUCGGUAUCAGAAUUGAAGAUGAUGUUGCAGUGGAAAAGGACAGUUAUACUAUUUUAACUGUAGAGGCUGCUAAGGAAGUAAAAGAUAUAGAAAAUAUUGCUAGAAAUGGUGUUAACACGAAAAUUCCACAAGAUGUGGUUUCACCUCUAUUUUGA